UUUUGCUGGGUGUGCUGACAACAUGUGCCCAAACCGAGAUGAAGAAGGUUGUUGGAGACAAUGCCACGAUGCCCUGCCACCAUCAGUUCUGGGUGGGUGAUGACCCCACUCUGGACAUUGAGUGGUUGCUUCUGAAGCCCACCAACAGGCAGAGAGUGGUGAUUACCUACUUCGCUGGACGGGUUUUCGACCCCAAUGAAGCAGAGCGUGGACGCGUAGCCUUUGCUGGAGAGUACUUAAAAGGCGAUGCUUCUCUGCUGAUCAGCGACUUGUCUCUGACAGACUCAGGAGAGUACAGCUGCAAAGUCAAGACUGGUGCACAGUACCACUGGAGCACCAUCAGCCUCGUAGUGCUGGGUAGGUGGCAGACAGCACUUAGGUUCAAUUGGAAAAACCACAGACCGAGAGAAGACUCAUGAGAACACUGUGCAACUGGAGGUGUCAUGAAAACCCAAAGCUGUUAGCAUUAGAGCUGUUAUUAAAUGUAGUGCAGCAUACUGUGAUACCCUGAAAGACCAAAGUGUGUGUUCAGACCAAUGAUUUCACUUGUGGAGCUUUCAUCCACUUACUGUGUAGGGGUAGAAUAUGACAGAGUAAAAAUGGAACGAGUUGUAGCUCUCAUCCUCCUUUCUUUGUGUGCAGUGUUGGCUCAGAUUACUUUGAAAAUUUUGUGAGUUACUGAAUACAAUCUACAUGGUAGUCUUUGCAAUUAUUAACGUAAUCCAUUACAAAAAUGUAAUCUAAUCUAUAUACUUUUGGAUUCCCUUUGGACUCCUUCAAAAUCGAACAUUGAAAAUAAUGCACCUUAUACUAAAGAAAUGGACAAAGCCACAAAAUUCCGCAAAUAUUAUUUUUUCUCUUUAAACAAU